GGCGGGGGCGUGGCCAUGAGUGACCUUGUGAAGGUACUAGCCCACUGGGGGAUAGCAUUAGCAAACCUGAAACCUCUGCAAAUAUUUGGCUUCCUCCGGCAUUCCUCCCGAGGCUUCGGACUGUCUCGUGCCUACCUCACCCAGUACCCUUUAGGCUCGCUCCGCCACACAAAGCCCGAUCAGCCUAUCUCCUCUCUGAAAACCCUGAGAACUUCAUUCCGCACGUUGAAACUCGUCGGUGGCGGUGGCAGGCAGGACUGGGCAUGCUCAGUGGCGGGGACAGGUCUUGGAGGCGAGGAAGCCGCAUUUGAAGUGCCUCGGCCUGGGGAUGAGGGGGAGGCGGGGCCCGGGCCGGGGUCCGCGGAGGCUCCCGCUGCGGCGGCGGCGGCGGCGGCGCGCGAGGCCGACAUGCCGCGGCCGGGUGCAGUCAGCUCGGCGCGCGGGGGCCAGGUCGCCGAAGACAUGGGGGCGCCGACGGGAGGAGGAGGGGAGGAGCGCCGGGGCCGCCAGCCCCCGGCGCUGAGGCUGCCGGAUAGCAAGCCGCAGGGAGGAUCGGAGGACAGGAGGACGCCGGACCGUGACCUCCAGCGAGGCCGCCUGAGUCGGAGCCCGCGCACUGCCCCGCCGGCCCCGGGCAUGGGCGACCGCGGCGCGCAGCACGAGCGCGCGGCCCUGCAGUCCCCGGGGGCCCCCGAGGGCGCCGCGGCCGCCGUGAACGGGCUGCUGCACAACGGCUUCCACCCGCCGCCCGCCUGCAGCCGCGACCCGCCGCCAGCCCGCGUCCAGCUCUUGGCUGAGCUGCAGCCGCAGCCGCUGUUCGCCCAGCAUGAUUCCCCGGCCAAGAAAUGCCGGCUGCGGAGGAGGAUGGACUCCGGGAGGAAGAACAGGCCGCCAUUCCCGUGGUUUGGUAUGGAUAUCGGCGGAACGCUGGUUAAGCUGGUUUACUUUGAACCGAAGGAUAUCACAGCAGAGGAAGAACAGGAAGAAGUGGAGAACCUGAAGAGCAUCCGGAAGUAUUUGACUUCGAACACUGCCUAUGGCAAAGCUGGGAUCCGCGACGUCCACCUGGAACUGAAAAACCUGACGGUGUGCGGGCGCAGAGGGAACCUGCACUUCAUCCGCUUCCCCACCUGCGCCAUGCACACGUUCAUCCAGAUGGGCAGCGACAAGAACUUCUCCAGCCUCCACACCACCCUCUGUGCCACGGGAGGUGGGGCUUUCAAGUUUGAGGAGGACUUCAGAAUGAUUGCUGACCUGCAACUUCAUAAACUGGACGAACUGGACUGUCUGAUUCAGGGCCUGCUUUAUGUUGACUCAGUUGGCUUCAACGGCAAGCCGGAAUGUUACUAUUUUGAAAACCCCACGAAUCCUGAGUUGUGUCAAAAAAAGCCAUACUGCCUUGAUAACCCAUACCCUAUGUUGCUGGUUAACAUGGGCUCAGGCGUCAGCAUCCUAGCCGUGUACUCCAAGGACAACUACAAAAGAGUGACGGGGACCAGUCUUGGAGGUGGGACAUUCCUAGGCCUAUGUUGCUUGCUGACUGGUUGUGAGACCUUUGAAGAAGCUCUGGACAUGGCAGCUAAAGGCGACAGCACCAAUGUUGAUAAGCUGGUGAAGGACAUUUACGGAGGAGACUAUGAACGAUUUGGCCUUCAAGGAUCUGCUGUAGCAUCAAGCUUUGGCAACAUGAUGAGUAAAGAAAAGAGAGAGUCCAUCAGCAAGGAAGACCUCGCCCGGGCCACAUUGGUCACCAUCACCAACAACAUUGGCUCCAUUGCUCGGAUGUGUGCACUGAAUGAGAAUAUCGACAGAGUUGUAUUUGUUGGAAACUUUCUCAGAAUCAAUAUGGUCUCAAUGAAGUUGCUAGCAUAUGCCAUGGACUUUUGGUCUAAAGGACAGCUGAAAGCACUGUUUUUGGAACAUGAGGGUUACUUUGGAGCUGUUGGGGCCCUGUUGGAACUGUUCAAAAUGACGGAUGCUCAGUAGAGGGAACAGCCCCUCGUGGGGACAGAGAGCUGACGGGCACAGCCAGAGAAGGUGACAUCUCCUUGGGACAGAAGCCAAGCCACUAUGGUGGAUGAACCUGCUGUAUUUGUAAAUAACUUAAAAUCUUAGAUCUUUUGCUCUUAGGUUUCAAGCUUAUGAUACAAAAUGGGGCAUAUUAAGAAUUUUUUCUGUAUACUGUAUUUUUUAAAGAAAAAAAAAAAAAAAAAGAAAUUGUGCAGCGUGGCCAAACCUACCAAUUUCAUGCGUUAACUUUGAAAAGUUGUGUGAUGUUUAAGAGGGGCCUGAAAUGAGAACGCUGUCCACUUUUCUUCUGGGGUUUACUGAUCAGUGUGGUAAAUUUAACUUCAUCUAGUAAUUACUCUAGGAGAUUUUUGCCUUUACUUAUAUUUUUUCAUGACGUUUCAUGAUUUGCUGUUGGUUUCAAAUGAAACUACGAAUCUGGCAUGUUGCACUGUGAACACUUUGUUUGUUUACUCUCUCUCUUUUUUUUUAAUCCUUUCUGUUUCAGUGUCUUAGGACAAAAAAAGAAAGAGUCCUUCCUCUGUUUUUGUCCCUCGUGAUCUCCCUCUUCUCUGUCUGUAGGCUUUCCUUAUUGUAAUUGCUCAUGUCAAUCAAGGUGCUGACCAACUCAACACAAAGUUAAACACACAAUCCGCAAUUCUAAAAGUCUGACCAUGUGAAAGGAAAGGGUUAAUGAAGGUGGCAAACAUUGAGUAUUAUAUUGCAAUUUUAUCUUUGUCUUCUUACCCCUCAAAUCAUAAUAUUCCAUUGGAUUUACUUUACACUAAGUUGGAACAGUCUGUGAUAAUGUGUCCUCAUUCAUGUGUGCCAUAUAAAAGGCAGCAAACCCCUGUGUAAAAUUUGGAGGGGCUGAUCUGAUCACACAGGACUUAAGGAAAGUCAUGGGUUGAGGUGUUAGAAAUAAUGAUCUGUUUUGCACAUGUUUUUACCCUAUGAGCCGUGUAACGAGACAUCUAAAGUAAUAACGUUACAGGGUUGGUUUU